UCCGGGAAACUGUUUACGUUUUCGACAACGCUGAAAAUGAUAUUUUUGAACCGAAUUCUGAUAUUCAAAGUACUGUUUGAAGUAUCAGAUAUGGACGAAAGUUAGUUUUGUAGACUUGCUGAUGACAAUGGAGUGUUGGUAUAUCUGUUGAGUCAAUCAAUGACAAAAUAAAAUUUUGCCAGAAAGCAUUGUGAUCAUAAAGCAGCCAUGUUGGUCAGGUGCUGAUGUUUCUGGAAGGGGCAUGUGUCAGCCAAUGUCCUUUAGUGUCCAGAGGGAGGUCCAGCUACGAUUUCUGUGUCCAGCAGAUAUUGACGAGGUCAAGAAGUUGUGCAGAGAAUGGUUUCCAAUAGAAUACCCAGAUACAUGGUACCAAGAAAUAACCUCCAACCCCAAGUUCUACUCGUUGGCUGCAACCUACCAUUCAAGAAUUGUGGGAAUGAUAGUGUCUGAAGUCAAGUUGCUGUCCUCCAUUAACAAAGAGGAUGCUGACAUUUUAGCUACUCAUCACCCUCCAACUUCUCAGGUUGCCUACAUACUGAGCCUUGGAGUUGUUGUGGACUUCAGGAAACAUGGGAUAGCUUCCUUGCUUUUGGACAGCCUUAUCUCCUACCUAACAUCAAAAGAUCGGUGUAAUUGUAAGGCCGUAUACCUUCAUGUGCUUGCUACAAAUGUAAUUGCUAUCCGUUUCUACGAAAAGCGACGAUUCCAAGCUCACAGCUUCCUGCCUUAUUACUACUCGAUUCAGGGUAAACCCAGGGAUGGAUAUCUGUAUGUAUUGUAUGUCAAUGGAGGAAAGCCGCCCUGGUCUUUCAUUGAUUAUCUGGUCAACUGUGGAGUGAUGAUGUCCAAGCUUCAGCCGUGCGCCUUGCCAAGACAAAUCGUGCGUUCAGUACGGGGAUGGUUGUGUCGUUUACUUGCAGGAGCCACAUCCAAUUACUCUAGUUAGUUGUCAUUCCUUUUAUAUGUGUGUCAUUGAGUACAAAUGAUUGAUAGUGUCCCAGUCCUACUGUAUUACAUACAUAAUGUCAACUAUAUAUUUCACAGCCAAAAUUGUUAACCAACGACAGUCACACAUACUUGGCUGGAAGCAAGUACCAAGUAUUUUAUAAUAUAAUAAGAAAAUGAUUUCAGUGUUUAAUUUUUGUUUGCUGAUAUACCCUUAAAUGUUUUUGAAAGGUUUUCCCGGAAAAUUAUUAUUGUAAUUUUUAUAAAAGAUCUAUUAAACAGUUAAAUCAUUUAUAAUGACAGUAUUUAGACAUAAUGUGGUGUCAUCUGAGACAUUCAUUACUAUAUGUAAAUGAUUGAUGAUAAGUGCAGGAAAUAUGUGUCAGGCAUUAUUUUAUAUGAGUCUGGAGUCUGGUAUUAUACAAGUCUGAUGUGGUAUGAAUAGAAUAGGAAGACUAUCAUACCAUCUAAUGAAUAAGCUAAGAUCAUUCCUUUUUCAAAAAACUGUAAUUUUAAAUCCAAAGUUUGAUGUCUAACAUGUUUUUACAAGGUCUGAAAGUGUUGAUAUGUGUCAAACAGGAGAGAUAUUGCUACCUUUACUUUGACUUUGCAUCUUCAUAAGAAAUUACUUUAAAGAAUAGAUAGGAAAUAGCUUUAAUACACUCUUACAAAUAGCUAUUUCAUUUGAAGCGUCAAAUUGUUCACCUGUUGGAAUCUCUUUCUAACCCUGGCAACUGCAAAUAAAGGGACAUAUUUCAUAAAGAUUAUUUUCUAAAUCAAGCCUUUGAGGAGCAAUAAGAAAUCACCCAUUAUAGAAUGUUAAGAUCUUAACGCUAAUGUAUUGGUCAGCUGUAUCCCGAUACCUACAUCAUAAGCAACCCUGUCUUUUCUGAUCAUAACGAGUAACAUAUAUUACAUAUCAUCAGUCAGAAUCACAGUUAACAAGGAUGUAAUCAUACAUUGAUUUUGCACAUAACGACUUAGCAAAUACUGUAUGCUAUUGUACACAAACAGUUUUUGAAUACUACAUUUUGAAGAUGUUGAAAACAUCUGGGGUUUUUUUGUGAAGCAGGGCAUAAAUGGUAGGUUUCCAUCUACUAUAGAGGAGUAGUCACAAGUCCAGUGAGAUCAGUUGUCAAAAAUGUUGCUUCUCAAAUGCUUGUUGUUUGUGAUAAAAUACUUAACAUGUUUAAAUUUUGAUUAAGAAAUGGUGUCAGGUCAACAAUGACUCUUGCUGGUGUAGGUAAUGGUGUCGGGUCAACCAUGACUGACUGUGGGCAGUGUAGGUAAUAUAAUGAUGUCAGGUCAACCAUGACUGUUUGUGGUGUAGGUAAUGGUAUCAGGUCAUCUGUGACUGCUUUUGCAGUAGAUCAUGGUAUCUGGUCAACCAUGGCUGUUGGUGGUAGGUAAUUGUGUCAGGUCAACCAUGACUGUUGAUUGUGCAGGUAAUUUUGUCAGUUACUGAUACAGGUAAUGGUAUCAGCAGGACAACCAGGUCAACCAUGACUGGCUGUGGGCAGUGUAGGUAAUAUAAUUGUGUCCGGUCAACCAUGACUGAUGCUUAUACAUUAUAUUGUAUAAGUGACUUUUGGUUGUGUCAGUAAUUAUGUUGACUGUUGAUGGUAAAGGUCAUUGUGUCAUGUGACUGUUGCUGAUGUAGGUAAUGGUGUCUACAGGACAUGUGUUAUUGUCAUGGUAUUGGUGUUGAGCCAGUUAUUCCUAAAGUUUGCCCAUGUACCUGGUAAUAGGUUCGUACUUAUAUAUGGUGCUUUCAAUAGUGAGGAAAGAAAUCUGCAAGUCUUCAAAUUAUUAUUUAAUAGAUUUUCCAUUUAUUUAUAAGAAUGCAUUAUCUUGGACAGCCCUAUUUCAUUGUUCUGGUUUGUAAUUGGAUUAAUCAGACACUAUGCCUAUAGUAGGAGCACAUAUGACUGUUUAGUUUAUAUAUAGAUGGUAGUUUGUCGGGUGAAAAUCCAGGCCAAUACACAUUAGCUAAAUUCCUAUCACAGGGAUGUGUUCCAAAUUCAGUGAAAUCCCUGUCAUAGGAAUGUGUUCCCUAAUUCAGUGUAAUCCCUGUUUAAUGCGGGGAUGUGUUCCAAAAUUCUGUGAAAUCCUUGUCACAGGGAUGUGUUCCAAAAUUCAGUGAAGUCCCUGUCAAAGGAAUGUGUUCAGGAAUUAAGAGAAAUCCCUGUCACAGGGUUAAUGUUCCGAAUUAUAUUCCAAAUGUUGUAUGAAGUAUGAAUAGUAUGUUAGUAAACCAAAUAACCUGAAGUAUUUUAAUUCCUCUAUUCCAUUCCUUCAUAGGUACUAGAUUUAUAUAGGACCUACAUGUACAUGUAGUACUGUUUACAAUGUAUACAGAAUCCAUUGUCACAUCUUUUUAACCCACCAUCUGAUGGUGGGCUAUUCAAAUCGCCCUUUCGUCCGCUGUCUAUCUAUCCAAAGUUCUCCCUGGAUCUUUCCUAAGUUUUGCAUGCUGACUCACCUUGGUAUCCAUUUGUUCAUAUUGAAUUUGGAGACGGUUUGGUGGCCAUCUUUGAUUUUGACAGUUGAAGUACUUCAAGUGUUUGUUUUCACCAUAUUUUCAGAAGUACUGGAAUUUCUUAAAUUUGAUGUGUAGGUUCCCCUUGGUCCCUAGUUGUGUCCAUUUGAGUUUGAUUUGUAAACCAAAUGGCCGACAGGUGGUCAUAUUCGAUUUUGACACUGGAAGUUUGUUAUUAUCCUCUCGCGACGAAAGUCGGGGAGGGGAUAUAGCAUUCCGUUCGUACGUACGUACGUAUGUUCACUUUUUGUCAGCGCUCUUGCGACUUCAUUUUUGAACGGAUU